AAAAGAUCUACCCAAAUCAUCCAAAACUUUUUAGUUUCCCCUAUUAUUCUCUUAUUAUUCUGUCACAAUCUACAUGGGCUUUUACAGCUAGGGCUGUUCUUGGUAGGUGACACAAGGGUGAGGCCCACAUAAAUUAAGAGGGAGGGUUCCUUGUACGCACAUUGCACACCUUCAUAUUCUCUUGAGUAAUCUUCUUGACCCAUACCCACUUCAUUUUAAUGGUAUUUAGUGCUUUCUUCUUGUUGGGUAUUAUCUAAUUUCAAGAAUCUUGGAUGCCCAUCAAACAAAGUUCAAGAAUUUGUUAGUUGAAUUGGGUUUUAGGGUUUUCUAGUUGUUGGGUAUUAUACAAUUUCAAGAAUCUUAGAUGCCCAUCAAACAAAUUUCAAGAAUUUGUUAGUUGAUUUGGGAUUUAGGGUUAUAAUUUCAAGAAUCUUGGAUGCCCAUCAAACAAAGUUAAAGAAUUUGUUAGCUGAAUUGGGGUUUAGGGUUUUCUAUUUGUUGGGUAUUAUACGAUUUCAAGAAUCUUAGAUGCCCAUCAAACAAAUUUCUAGAAUGUGUUAGUAGAUUUGGGGUUUAGGGUUUUGAUUCUUGAUGAAUAUUGUGGAUGAUUUAUAUGUGAAAUUCAUGGUGUCUGGGAAUAAUUAUCUGAACAUAGUCAAACCCUGUUGGAGGCCAUCUUUGGAAGGUGAUGAGGGUUGUGUAAGAAAAUCUGCAGAUCAAAUUGGAAGAACAGAUGGGUUAUUAUGGUAUAAAGAUUUAGGGGUUCACAUGAGUGGUGAAUUUUCAAUGGCUGCUAUCCAAGCAAACAAUUUGUUGGAAGAUCAGACCCAAGUUGAAUCAGGGCUGUUAAGUUCUUCGAAUUCGGGCCCCAACGGAACGUUUAUCGGCGUCUAUGAUGGACAUGGUGGACCGGAGACAUCAAGAUUUGUGAAUGAGAAUCUGUUUGCUAAUCUUAAGAAAUUUGCAUCUGAAGAUGAAGAAAUGUCAGCAGAUGUGAUCAAGAAAGCGUUUUUAGCAACGGAAGAUGAAUUUCUGUCGAUUGUAAGAGAACAAUGGCGUGUGUGUCCACAAAUAGCGACUGUAGGGACGUGUUGUUUGGUGGGUGUUAUUUGCAACGGGUUAGUAUACAUCGCUAAUGCUGGAGAUUCGAGAGCAGUGUUAGGGCGAGCGGAUAGGGGUGUUAGAGGGGUUUUGGCUGUGCAGUUAUCAACAGAGCAUAAUGCAAGCUAUGCUUCUGUUAGAGACGAGCUUCAUUCCGAGCAUCCUGAUGAUCCGAAGAUUGUUGUGAUGAAACACAAUGUUUGGCGCGUUAAAGGGAUCAUACAGGUUUCAAGAUCCAUUGGUGAUGCAUAUUUAAAGAAGGCAGAGUUCAAUAGAGAACCUUUAUUGGCAAAGUUUAGGCUGCCCGAACCAUUUUCAAAGCCGAUUCUUAAUCCAGAACCGUCAAUAUAUAUACACAAACUAACCCCGAAGGAUCAGUUUCUCAUAUUUGCGUCUGAUGGUCUAUGGGAGCAUCUUAGCAAUGAGGAGGCAGUUGAUAUCGUUUAUAAUUAUCCACGUAACGGAAUUGCAAGAAGACUAGUGAAGGCUGCACUUCAACUAGCAGCCAAGAAAAGAGAAAUGAGAUAUUCAGAUUUGAAGAAAAUUGAUAGAGGGGUUAGAAGACAUUUCCAUGAUGACAUCACAGUAGUUGUCAUGUUUUUAGACCCGCCAUCGACAAACCGAACUUCCACUCGUGCUUCGGUUCUAUCAAUAAAAGGAACCCGAGGAUUACCUCGCACCAACAACUUGUAGCACCAAAAUGUGGUUUUUGUUGAGUGAAUGUGUGUAAACUAAAAGCAUGUAUUUUAUUUUAACAUGUGCAAAACGAGGUUGUUAGCCAUAGUUUCGAGUGUCAGGGCAUCAUCCUCUAUCGUAGACGAAAAUCUUACAAUUUUUUUUUUUUUUUUUUUUUUUGGGAUCAUUUGUGGAUGAGGUGUGAAGGUCUUGUCUCUUAGGAUAAUGAUCGUGAAGAAAGGAAACGUGACAGUGUUUAAAUGUGUAUAUAUGGCAACAAUAUUUGAUAUAAAGUGUUUAAAUGCGGAUAUGUGGUGACAA